ACAGUCGCCGAGUGGGCGGAGCGACGGGAGAAGGACGCGUCUGUCUCUGUGACAGUAUGUUUCGACAGUGAUCGGGAAGUGAGGAGGCCGAGAUGUAUACGUGCCGAGAGGAGCUGCGGGCCCGCCUGAACGACGGCGAGUACACCAACUGGCUGAAAGCGGGACGCUGCCUGCUCAUCCUGAAGAGCGGCCUGCUCCCCUUCGCCAGCCAGCACAUGAGAGAGUUCCACGGGGCCCUGCUCCGCGGCGACCCGCUGCUGCGGAGGCGCUGCGAGACGGACGCGUGCAGACCGAGAGGCAACAAGCUCUCCUGUGCAUGCAGGGUGUGCACUUGGUGGCAGACGGCGAUCAUGAGACACCACCGGCAACCGGGCAGCACCGUGAACUGGGACAACUGUUGCCCCCCGUCAUGGAGAACAGACUACUGGGAGGUGGCCAAGGCCUACAUGCCCAGAGGUCAGGGGAAAGUGAAGGGGGCAGAUCAGUGUGACGCCUCUGCCCUGCUCAACCUCAUCAACUGCUGCGACCGUUUCCAGUCUGUGGAUCCAAAAUUAGUGAGAGAGGUGAUCCGGUACAGGAAUGAGUUGAUGCAUUCUUGUGAGUUCCGUAUGAAAGAUGACUGGAUGAGACGUUACCAGAAGACUCUGAAACACUUUGUGCUGCAGUUCAGCCACGUACCACAGAUGGCAACAGCUUCACAAGAGAUAGAUGAGAUGCUGACCGUUGAUUUGUCAGUGUGUGUCUCUGGUUCGGACCGACUGGACGGAUUAAAGUUCGAUGCUGUCCACGAAUCGGCGACCGCCGACCACCCAAUCAGCCAAUGGGAAGCCGAGUUGCUACAAGAGAGGCUGCAGGAGUUACUGCAUGUCGACGAUGACGAUGCAAAGACACGGGACACUGAGCAGUUGAAGAGCCUUGGCGCUUUCCUGCGGUUCAACAGUGAUUUGGGCAUAAGGUUUUCUGCUGAGCUUCAGACCAUCGACUCACUGCUGGCCAGACAAUAAGGAGGAGGAAGACGUGAAAAGGAGAACGAGGAGCAAAUUGAACACUAUGCAUUUUUAUUUUUUUUUAUCUUGAAACAGAUCUGGGUCUAAAUUGAAAUUAAAGAUCUUGGCAUUCGUCA